ACAUUCAGAGGCUGAGGUUCUGCCUGCAAGUGAAGAGACAGAUGACUGCCAUUGGUUAGAAAGAUAUGCUGAAUCCAGCCUCGGUUCAUUCUGUAGGAAGGGAUUAUAUCCUCUGUGUUGCAGUCUAACGCAAGAGUGACUCUAACCUAAAGGUAAGAGAUUCACCUAAAAGCCUUGUGUUAAGGGUGUCAGACUUGCCUUGAGUAUCAGACAGUUAGGGUCAAAUGUAAAGUAGUAUGUCAACUUCUAAGUCUCUUAACAGCAAAUAGAGUUGCUUGCUGGCUGCUUUGAGUAUACAAAGUACCUCAUUUUUCUGAGCUGAAGAUUGUCUAUAUCUCUGAAGUUCUUUCUCCAGAUUACCCUAACUGCUGCCGCAUCAGUGCUCUGCUCCUGUUUGUUGGAAUACAACAUGCUUACCCAAAACAAGUCAGUCUGUGUUGUCUUGGUUUGUUUUGUGGUUUUUUGUGGGUUUUUUUGGGGGGUGGGUUAUUUUUGUGUUCUGUCCAGUAAACUGUGUUUGUCUUUGGUAACCUCCCACAGGAAGAGUAAGAAUUCCCUCAUUGACCAUUGUAUUCCGCCAGCCAGGAGCAAUUUCUCUAAUAGGUGGAGGAGAGGAACCUUCAAUUAAAUCUGUUCAAGCUGAGAAAGCCUUAAAAUAUUUACUUCUCUCUUUCUGUGCAAGUGAUCUAAUGUUCCAACUUACAUAAAAGGCAGCAUCCUCUUCUGGAGGGAUGGUGGGGAGGGGACAAUGUUGGUCCUUUCAAAGAACACUUGGAUACUUCUGAAUUUUGUGAUUGGCGCUGUCGGCUGUGACUGUUUUGGGAACAAGGUUUCUAGAAAAGGCUGUUAGUUGGAAUGCUUCCCUGCCUAUAGAAAUUUUUGUGCUGGUCUCUCUGUGAGGCUUUUAGAUUUUGCCGGUUUUGAGACUGACUUCUAUUCUGCAGUUGGAGAUGCCUGUGUUCUUUCCGUAUGAAACACAGGCUCUUUUUAAUAUCACCCAGGUCCAUCAGAUAAGAGUAACUGAGCCUUUAAUUUUGAUUCCACUUAAGCUAGAGGGAGAGGAUGUUGAUUUAAAGCAAAAGAAGUGGCAACAUGAGCACUUAAUUGGCAGCUGUCUGUAUGUUUUCAUUAAGCCUGUGAUCUCUAUAAUCAACAAAAAGCUGUCAGUGGUUUGUAACUUCAGUAUAGGCAGUGGUUAAAGCACCUGUCAGGAAUGGGAAUUAUUCUGGAGGUACUGGUCCUUGUUGACACCCAAGGUAGGUGCUUAAAACUGAUGCUUUAGGUACUCUGUAAGCAAUUGGUUCCUUAUCAGUUUGAGUGUUUAUUCAUUACUUGUAUACACAGAUUUGUGAUAAGUAUUUAAACCCACAAUGGAGUAAGCAACUCGCUAGCUACCUGCGUAGUGUCUUAAAAAGCUUUGUCAUUCGGCUCUUUUGUGUUUCUUAGCAGUUUCCAGUGCCAAUAGGGCCAGUAACUUUUAAAGCACUUUCGUUGUCUUCAAUUUUGAAUCUAAGGUUGGAAAGCCUUUUGCUGUUAGGAAGGUUUAUGAGACAUCUCUCAAGACCUGGAGGGCAAGAUCUCUGAGGUUCUCAGCAAUCGCUUCUCAGUAGGGUCUGUGAAAGAAUAGCUUUUAGGGAGAACAGGUGGUGUUAGUGAUGUUUCUAGAGGGAUCAAAGACUACAGCCAAGACUUACACCCAAGUUUAGGGAAGCUUUUCUUCAGCAAAGACGGAUAGCACAAAGUUUAACAGAUAGACUUCCCAUACACUUAAAGAAGACUAUGAGACCUAAUGCUGCAAAAAUCAGCGUUGCAUGUCGUAUUUGCCAAGUGCACGGUACAGGUAGAAUUCUAAAUGAAGAUGAGCCAACCAAUGCAGGUGGACUCAAGGCAUUUGGCACUAAGUAGGGAUGUUGCGGGACAGCAUUCUAACAUUUAAUCAAGUUCUGUCAAAGCACAAAGAAAAUGCUAACAAUCAACAGUUAUAUUUAUCUGAUCUUAAACUUCUUUUGUAGCAUGCUUUUCUGUCAUGCCUACCAUACUGCCACUGAACGCGUGCAUUUUAGGAUCAGUGCAUAAACAGUGCUAAUAUAUUACUUUAACCUGUUCAGUGGUUUUUGCAAGCUGCUGAAAACCUCUUUGUGAUUUGUAUGUGGUUCAUGCAGUAUUUCUUCACCACUUCUGUGCCGCGUACUUGUGUAAGAUACAGCUUGGCUGUGGAGCUGAAGCAGAUUGAGAAGAUGGUCUUGCAGCUUCUGGUGUCCAUGUUGCCAGUUUCUGUUGUUAGCUGUUGUAAGUAGUGGACGCGAAGGUCAGCAAGACCAAAACUUUAUCCAGAGUUGUGAUGCUGUCUUUCUGUAGACACCAUCUAUUUCUAGAGAUGCCUGAAUUGACCAAGCACCUUCUCCCCUCGCUUAAGAUUUUCUGUCUUCUGCUCUUGAGAUCCACUGUGUUCUGAGCAGCGUGGGGCAAGUCACUUAUGUGAGUCAGGCUGUAGUUCAGGACCUAGGGAUUGUUUUUUGUCAGGGGCUUAUUCUUGGAGCAGUAUUUAACUCAACCAGUUUUCUAGAAAUAAGCAUUUUUUUUAAUUUCUUCCUUUUAAAGUCGGCUGCAUAACAGGGAGAGGCUCUUGUGGUCUUGUUCUGGGUCAUGGGGUUGCCACUACUGCUCAGCAGAAUGCUCAUCCAAAGACUGUCCUCCCCCUGAAAGAGAUGAUAGAUCAGGCCUGUUUGCAGGACUUUUCAAAUACCAGCAAAAUGACCAAGGCCUUGGUUUAAGCAGAAGGCAAAAGGGUUCCAGGUUAGAACCAUCUCUGCUUGUCCACAUGGUCUCAAGGCUGGGAAAACGGUAUGAAAGUACCAUUGAGCAGAGUCAGGCAGCACUUACCAGGUGAUAGAGUGACACAGUGGUAGGGCAAUAGCAGAGGUCAUGCUGCAUUCUGCUGGAACUAGCGCGUCUGCACAGCUAAGGCUGACCUGCAGUCGGCCCGCAGCACUGGCUAGUUGUCGGCUCUUUUGAACAGCCUUAUCUAAAAUGCCGAAGGGUGGGGGAAAAAGGGAUGCCGUCAGCCGUUCUGCCCUUUAAAAUGCCUCAGAGAGGCAGCAGACUAAACCAGGGAAGUCUUUGGACGUAACAGAAAGUCAGACUGACUUUGCCAGGCCCAUUUUGAAGUAAUUCUUUGAGGUAGGAGCAGUGAUACCUUACAUAUAAACUUGAUGCUGGAUUUUUAGUUUUUAAAUUUUGCCAGAUGACUAAUUUUAUGCAUUCAGCUUCAGACUAAUGCACGCUCAAGUUUAACGUUCUCUGCUUAAAUUGGGAUCAGCUAUCUAAUGUCUAUGAUCUCAGUUCUGCUAGCCAUUUGGGCAAAUACAAUACAGUUUUGGUAAUCAAGGUCAGAGUUGGUCAGAUGUAAAAAGAUGAUUCUUCCCACAAAUUCUUGCAAUUUAUGCAUAGUUCUGAAAGUGCAUAGUGAUUAUAAAAAUCAAUUUUGAUUUAAGAAAAAUGCUUUCUAGGUGUUUGUAGUAUAUCAGAGUAGUUUUGUUGUGACUUGGAAUUCUUGCUUCUGAGUGAUACUCCAUUUCAAAAAGAAAUUCUAAGUUUCUUGUUUAAUCACUAAAAUCUGGGAUUACAGAAUGUUCUACUUUUUUUUCUUUUUUUUUUUUUUAAUAGUAACAGGUCUGCUUUAAUUAGAAUGGCUCUAAUACCGAUUAAAGCAUUAGGCAAACUGAAAUCCUCCCAUCUCUCAGUGAAAUUGAGUGCUGGGAGAACCAUUUAGAUAAUCAAAAUUACAGAAUAUUUCAUUAAGGCAUGCACAGUCAGUCAUAGUAGGAUAAAUGCUCAAAACCCCAAAUCGUGAACUUUCACGGCCUAGCAGAUGAUGUUCUUUCCCAAAAUAGUCUAUGAUCUAGGUAGCAGAUCCUGCAAAUCUUCACCUGAAUAGACCUGGUGAGGCUAAUGAUGUGAAUUAAAGUUUGAAAGAUGAGGACCUACACAAGCAAUCCACAAACAAAAGGUAUCAAGGCUCUGUUAUAGCGUAUAGAUUCAGUCAGAUUAAUUUCUCCUUUACUGACAGUGAAGAUUAAAAACACUAGGUGUUCUAUGCAGCCCCAGUCAGUGGUGAUCUAGAUGGAAAUAGCCUGGGGAAGAGUUGAAAUAAACCCUAAGGAAUGAAAAGUAGGAAGAUAUGAUUUGCUUUUUCUGUGAUUACUUUCUUGAAGAAAAAAAAAGUGAUGAUGGCAGUAAUGCCCCAUUCAUCUGUGAGACAAGCCAACCAUAUGAGAAGGGGAUGAAGAAAAAUAAUUCAAUAUACUUUCUGUCUAAUGUGGUAAAAUAUUAAUGGAUGAAAAGGAUUGUGGUUUUUUUGCUUAAUGAAGAAUUCCAGUUUUCAAAUCUCAUUUGAUUGUGUAAAUACAAAAGGGUUUUUCUGCUCAGUAGCCCAAAUUUUAUGAUUUUACUAUGGGCAUUUAGUCAACCAGAUUUUUAAUUCAGACCUGUUGUGUUCCAGGGAAUGUUUUCAUCUCUGUGAUAGUGAGAGCUUCAAGACCAAAGAAGUCAAAAUGCUGUUGCACACUAUAAUUGAUUUUUUUUGUGUGUGUACAAUUAGCUUAAGGUAUUAAUAUAAAAAAUAGGUAGCUGCAUCUAACAAUUUUUUUGGAGUAAUCUGAACCAUCUGCCUCUAGAUAUUAAGGAGUUCACUCUUUAAUCCAGAUUAUGGCUGACAAACUGGUUUUGGCAUUCAUGUUUCACUAGCAUUGUGCCCUUGAAGAGCUGAUGUGGCUGUAGAAACUCUCUUGCUUACAGUUAUUGGUUUUGAAAACAUUUUUGUUUUGGUUUGGCUUUCUUGUAGUUGUUUUCCUAUAGCUCCUUUUUCCUUGAGAAGAUGGCCUUUCUAAUGAAAAGUAUGUUGAGCAACCAGGUAAAAAAUUUGGGACUUGGAGGUGGAGGGGAAGAAAGCAAAGAAGAAAGCACUCCUUCUGAUCCAGCAGCAGCUGCAGGAAUGACCAGAGAGGAGUAUGAGGAAUAUCAAAAGCAAGUGGUUGAGGAGAAGAUGGAAAGAGAUGCGGCAUUUGCACAGAAAAAAGCAGAGCGAGCCUGUCUGAGGGUUCAUCUGAGAGAAAAGUACAGACUCCCUAAGAGUGAAUUGGAUGAGAAUCAAAUACAGAUGGCUGGAGACGAUGUGGGUUUGCCAGAAGACCUUCAGAAGAUGGUGGCAGAAGAUCAGGUGGAGGAAGAGGACAAGGACUCUAUCCUGGGACAGCUGCAGAACAUCCAGAAUAUGGACAUGGAUGCAAUCAAAGAGAAGGCACAAGCCACCUUCACCGAAAUGAAACAGGCUGCUGAGCAGAAAUGUUCUGUGAUGUAGAAGAGACACCACUAUCGAAGGGUUGUGAAUUCAGCCAUGUCUCACAAGGGGCUGCAGAGCGAGGGCAGGCAGAGGAAUGCGCUUAGGGCUAUAGCAUUAAACGUAAAUAUAGAAAAGCGAGAGAGAGAGAGAGACUUGAAAAUCCCAAGGAGGGGGUCAAAAUUUACGUGCUGUGACAGUUUAGUGCAAAGUUAGAACUGAUCCUCAUUUUUUUAACAUAACAUUUUUACCCAUGGAAGAAAAUGGCUUUAAAAUAGCUAAUAUUGGGGAAGAAAUGUGCCUUUUCCAAUUUUUUUCAAGGUGAGCAAAAUGCUAUUAAAUAUGUAUUUUUUACUGAAAUUGUGCUUCUGAUGCAGAACAUAUAGGUAACCACCCAUUUAAUAGUGCUUUCAGAAAUAAAUACAUAUAUUUCUAAUAAAAACAUGUCUUUUUCAAACAUUUUGAAACAAACACAGUAUUUAAAUGUUGACAUUUUCUGCAAAAAUUU